GCCACUGUUUAUGUACAGAAUUGUACAAACUUGACCUUGCCUCUGUAUUUUGGCCAGUCUGUGGUUGCUGCACCCUGGGGAUCUGCUCAUACCCUGCUCAAGCAGGGCUGGAGGAAACAGCAAAAAAAUGAUGCUGCCCUUCGGCACCCAUCGAGCAUGGGUCUUCAUGGUCCUGCUCCUGCUUGGUAGUGUCCACUCACUUCUUGCAGCACCGAUUGAGCCUGGUUCAGAACAGAGUGCAGAGGCAGCCAGCAAACCUAACAUGACAAUGGAAGGUGUAUUCGUAUCUUUCUUGAGCUUCUUCAGACCAAUGACUUGCCGCCUCAGCAAUCAGCAACUCUUCACUCCUUGUCCUGUUGAAGGCCUGAACAUGUCUGAAUGCUCAAAAAUUCACUGCUGUCCUUUCAGAAUUGGCCAGGAGGAGCAGUGCUACAUGCCAGUGAGAGAUGAUGUGCAGCUGGCCAUUCGAGUGGUUUUGCUUACCGGAGGAGGAUUUUUGAUUUUGGGAUUUCUACCAAUCUGCUGCUGUGCCCUUUUGCAGAGAAGGUAAGUGUUAGCACAUGACCAGACCUAAUUUAUUAAGUACUGUUUCUAAAUAGUGAAAAUAUAUAACUGAUAUAUUUUAACUAGGUGAGGGGAAACAAGAUUGGGGAAAAAAAAAAAAAGGACAAGAAAUUAAUGUUCAAACAUAAAAGAUGAAUCCUAUUUUGAAGCUACAUAAAACAAAGAGUCAAUUUGGCUUAAAGAAAAAAGGUUAUUUAAUGCCCCAGUACUCUUUCUAAGACCUGGAUAUAAAAGACUUG